CACUCCGGUAUCUACCUGCUCUCUGGCUAAAACCAUUACCGAUUCCUACUCCUAUCCAACAUUGGGUAUUCACCCCAUCCAGUCAAAUAUUACUACCACGAUGCCGGACUGCUUUGUGAAUGGGUGCCCAAGUACUACUAGAAGAGGAAAAUCAAAUCCUGCCGUUUCUCUUCACGUUUUUCCUAGAAGUGUUGACCGGAUUAGACAAUGGCUGAAACAAACUAAACAAUAUGAAGACAAAUUAGAAGAGGUGGUUAAAUUGGUAUUUGAAACCAAAAGAUAUCGUAUGUGUUCUUUGCAUUUUACAGAGGAUUCUUACUACACCCAUGGUGUACGGAAGUAUUUGAAAGAUGAUGCGCUUCCCACAAGAUUUAUUCACGUUGCAGUAUCAACUCCAUUUCCUUCUACAUUUUCAACCACCAAGAGAUCAACUCUAUCUCAAUUUCAUAAACCGUCAACAUCAAUGAAAGCUCCUGAUGUACCGGCUAAAGCUCCUGAUGUACCGGCUACAUCUGCGACAAUUCAGGAAGAUGUUCCUAUAAAGAAAAUUAAACUAUCUCCAAUACUACCAAUUAUAAGACCAAAAGUGAUGACACCUGCAGAAACAACUAAUUUACAAGUACUACAAAUGUCUCAUAUACGCAGUAUUCCUAUACUAAAAGGCAUUGAAAAAUGCUAUGUGUGCGGACGUUGUUCAAGCAAACAGAUGAUUGAUACAAGUACAAUGACAGAGUUGAAGAUUACAGAGGACAAGUCUACAGAUUUUGACCGAUUUUAUUCAACACUCACAGCCAAAAUACAAACUGGUAAAAUGUUAGGUUUAAAAAAUAAAUCCACAAGUACAUCCGACUUUCUAAGAAAAUCAGAUAAGUAUACAUGGACUAUGGGUGAUGUAAGUUUAGAUCCUCAUCUGAGUAUUUCUACAAUUGAUAUAAAAUCACUCCAUAAACAGAGCACCAACAGUACAGAUAGACGCACAACUUCCACAUCAUCUGUGAUAGCAAUAGAUAAAGAAUCUUCAAUAGAUAAAGGAAUCAAGAUAGCCGAAGAAAGUGAUAUUUCAUUAAUCAAAAAUAUUGAAAAGGAUCCACAUGAUCCCAGUUUCAUUAGAGACACAACAGCAGAAUCUGAGGAAGAUUUUUCUCAGGUGGAAGAAGCUACCCCGGAAGGUUUUCCAGUGGUUGUACCGGAACGAUUAGAGAUUAAGAAAGAAAAGCCUGACAUGGAGUAUAAUGCGACCACAAUAAAGCGUGAAACUGGCACAUUUACUGCUGAUGGUUUUGCAGUGUUUGCACCAGAGAUCAUAAAGGUGAAGUCAGAGACAGAGGAGCCAGAUACCAGGGAUCAUUUACCCACAAUAAAAACUGAAAAUGUUACACCCACAGUGACCUCACCAGAGAGUAUAACGAUGAAGUCGGAAACAGAGGAGCCGGAGUCUGAGGAUCAUGUGACCACAAUGCAGACUGAAAACGCUACACCCGCAGCUGGCGGUUUUCCAUUGUGUGCGCUGGGAACGUUAGAGGUUAAGACUGAAAAAGAAGAUCUAGACAUUGAUGAUCGCGUGACAGCGAUAAAGAUUGAAAAUGUUACAACCACUGUUGAUGGUUUUCGUGUGGUCAUAGUGGAGAAUUUACAGGUGAAGGCGGAGCAAGAAGAUCCGUAUACGGAGGGGGAAACAAAUACUUUUCCUGUUGAUGCACCAGGAAACGGAAAUGUGAAGACAGACGAGGAAGAGAGGGAUACUGAGGAUCACGUUACCACCAUAAAUAACAUUGCGAUUUCGAUUGAAGAGAAGCGAUCACAAACCAUGCUGUUUGAUCUUUGGGAUCCUAUUGCAGGUUGUGAAGAAAGCAGCGGUAUUAAUGCUUCUGUCUUCAGAAUGGAAGGUGUAUCUGUAGAUGUGGAAGAGAGAGUGGGCAACACAGAUUGGUGUGUUUGCGGCAAUUGCCAAGCUAUGCCAACCACCCAUGAAUCAAUCUGCUGCCGUGACGUGGAGAAUGUUUAUUCUAAAAUCCCUGACGGUUCAUCCUGUAUUUGUGAGGAUCCAUAUGUGUCUAUAUCAUUAACCAGUAGACAGUAUUUAGUACAAGUUUACCGUCUUUUGGCAAGCUACAAGAAAAUACCCAACAAUCCAAAUGAGAGGGAUUUACAGAAGAUAUCGUACAGAUGUUUCAUGGUGUUUGCUCAUGGAUACCUUGGACUAAGGCAUAGAAAGACGAUACCAUCAUGUGUGGUUUCAACUAUAAGGAAAUCAUUUCCAGCACCAGAUCGCAUUUAUGUUGGAUCUUAUGCAGCAGAAGAAGAUGGACCUGCCAUUAAUAUGUUACUUGAUUAAAUUUAUA